AUGGAAAACAACAACACUUCUAAGAUUAAUCUAACUAAGAGAUUCGCAUCACCCAGCUCUUUUAAUAAGCAAGAAAUCUCCAUGCUUCAGGAGCCUCACUUGAUUCGCAAAAAGGGAGAGAAGGUUGAACAAGCUCUUUAUAGAGAUCAUCUAUAGAGAGCUGCGAGGCACAAGCUUAUCACUGAAACAAAUGCAUAGGUCCAAAAGUAACAGUAAAACACAGUAAAGCUCACAAUAAAAACUCAGCAAUUAGCUAUUUAAAAACUAGAUAAAGACCUAGACGCUCUGGUAAAGUACUUCUCACAUUAGAGUGCCAAUGAUAAAACUGAGCGAAGUGUGUGUAGAGAUGAAAUUAUUCAAUUAUUCAGAAUGAUCGAAUGCUUUAAAGAACUCGAUACCCAAGACCCUCACAACAUUAGCAAAGAUAAUAGCAUGAUGGUAGGCAAGAAUUCUUUCAUCAGCAAUCGGGAUCUUAAUAGGUCUAUUAGUCCAAAUAUAAAGAAGGAUGCUUUCAGACAGAGUCAGAGACUGAAGUCGGAGCAGGAGUUCUUAGGAAACUUGUGGAACUUUAUUUUAAGUCCAAAUAACCCAGUUGAAGCUUAAUUUGAUAUGGUGAUUGAAGCUUUUAAGAUCCUCUUCAAUCAUUAUCUACCUGUGCCUAAGUAGGUUGACUUGCUCGUGGAUUUGUAAAAGAUUGUGAAUUUCGGGAACAAUAGGAAAAUACUAGAUGAGGAGUAGAUUGAAGAAAAGAUAGUCAAGAAGUUUCAAUAGCUCUACAACCAUUACUAUAAUUUGAACAAUAUAUCAAAGGUGUCUAAUUAAGAGAAAGUCAUUAAUAACUUCAAAGAUCACUACAAGGACUUCACAUUCAAGCCAAAGAUUAAUCCCGAAAGCACCAAUAUGGACUACCAUAAUAUCAGCUAAGUCUAUGCUAAGUUAUAAAAAGAAUAGAAGAAUAGAGACAGAUCAUCUAUCCUAAGGUAAUCAAUGUAAAAGUCAGGUCAACCAGAUGUAGAAGUUGCUGAGCCUACAAUGACUGAUAGCGAUGAUGACGCAUCCUAAAACCUUAACGAGAAUAACCUUCAUAAAUUCAACAAUAUGCUUAGUAAGUAUCUCUAAGAGUAUAAAACAUCAGAAAUAGUAAAUAAAGCAGUUGGAAAUAGAUAGUCAAGUCAUAAUAAGAACAUAUCUCAGUAAUCUGCACUUACUAACAAUGAAAGUGUCAAAACUGUUUUAGUUCACAAGCAUUCCAAUGAUUUAGCAAGAUCAAAAACUCCUAAAAUUAAUGAAAAAGGACCUAAGCCGUAGAAACCACCUAUCCCUCACAAAUAGAACUCAAAUAUUUCAGUUAAUAGCAACUCAUAAAUAACUGAAAGCAAUAAGAGUCCAGAUAAGGAAAAGCUCAAGUAAGACAAACUGAAGAAGCAGAUAGAGGAUAAAAUGAAAAAGGAUGUCUAGGGAUGCACAUUCAAACCAUAGAUCAAUAAAAGCGUAAAUACUAGCUACUCUAGAUCCCCUGUGAAUAGCUAAAAAGAAUCAAAGUUAAAUUAAGAGGUCAUAAAGAAUUAUUAUGCUACACCUACGACCUAAUCUCAUAGAAAGUUUGAGGAUUUGUAUAAAAAUGAAAAAGUUAAGAAGUAGAUGAGAGACGAUAUAGCAAAAAAGAAGAAGGAGGAAAGAGAAUAAAAAUAACUAUCUGAAUGUACAUUUAAGCCUAGACUGGUGAGCAAGAGUCCUUUGCAAGAGGCUAAUAAAAGAGAGCACAAUAAAUCUCCUGCACCCACUGGCUAUGAAGAUACUAUUAAUCGCAUGAGAAUGGCUAAUUAGGAAAAAAUUAGAUAGAAAGAACUUAUGGAUAACCUUGGAAAGCCAAAGCGUGAAAAUAUUGAAAGGAGUGUCACACCAACUAAGCAGACACCAUUUAACUUGAGCUAUCAAUAAAAAUUAGAUAGGAAUGCUGGUAGGAAGCAGGAUAAGCCAGAAUAAGAUGUGUUGCUUUAUAUGGAAAUUUUAGUUAAACAGGGUUAAAAAGUUAAGCUCAAGGUUAAGAGAGACGAUUCACCAAGAAGUGUAGCUUCAAAUUUUUCAAAGAUUUAUGGACUCAAUUAAAAAAGUGAGGACGCUCUUAGUUAGAUUAUCAUCGAACAAAUUAAGAAAGAGAAGCUUCAAGUCUCAAGUAUUAAAACCACCUCUGAGAGAAGCAACAAUGUCCCAACUACCAUCAGGGAAGGAUUAUCUUUAGUUGAGGACGACUCUUUUGAUAGUAAGUCUUAUCAACAACUCAAUAAUUUGUCUGGAAUAAAGCAUUAGCAAAGUAAUUUCGACCAAUCUCUGGGGAUGAUUGAUGAGAAACAAGAAAAUGGUUACGAUGAUGAUGACAACUUCGACGAAAUAAAAGAAGAAUAGGCUGAGCAGGAGAGUAGCAAACAUUAUGAACCAGUGGAGGUUAGAAAUGACAUCACAAAUCAGUCAUUGUUACAUCAAAAUAAUCAUUAAGAUUAGUAUGAAGACGAUGAAGAUGAUGCAAAGGAUGAAAUAAGUGAUGAUAGCGAUGAUACAUAAAACGCAUCUAAACAGUUAAUUACUAUCUGA